UAUUAAUUUAUUACCAGCCGGGACUCCCAGCUGUUCACGAUUUCACUUCCCAAUCGCGUUUUGGCGCGAAGCCCCUCCUGUUAGUCCCACUCUCCUCCAGGUGCUUACACACUCAAAUGCGCCUUGUCUUCGUCAUCAAUUAGGCAAAUGACAAGUCCAGAGAUAGCAGUGCGUCCUGUAGAGGCGAUUCAGAAGCUCUACCAGCAAGCAGGCUGCCCCGCUGAGGCCGAUGGUGACUGGGGCGUGGUAAAGUACUUCCAGGAAGCCGUCAAUGGGCUGGGUCACGGCGAGAUUCCGCGUCUUGACAAGCAAUCGGCGGACCGCCUCCCCCACCACAGCCUCGUGCGCUUCACCGGCAUGGUGCAAGACUUGCUGAACCCAGAGUACUACGUCGGGGCCUUCCAGCAGCCGAGUGGGCAGUGGGUCACCUCGAAGUUCUGUGACCCGGACAUGCCUGAUGACGCGCCCCAAUCCGCCUCGCCCAUCAUUUGGGAGCGCCGCCCGGUCGUGUUGGUGCCAGUCCCGGGCCUCAGCAGCUGGUCCCUUUCCGCGCUGCCGGCGGUGCCGGCCAAGGACGUACACGCGCCUGCUGCGAUGGCCAACACCACCACGCUGGUGGCUCAGGCCCAGCCCCAGCAAGCUCAGCAGCAGCAGGCCCAACAGCAGCCCGCCCGUGCCAAACGUGAGCGUUCCUCUGAUGCCGACGCGCAGCACGACAGCGUCGCAGCUGAGCUGCGCGUCGCUAGCACCGGUGGUGCGGCGGUGCUGUCUCCGCGCGCCGGCGCCAAUGCCGCUGCGGCAGCUGCCGACGCUGCGGCUCCCGGCGCGGAUGCGGGUGAGGAGAGCAUGAGUCACGACACGGGGCUCAGUGAGGACCAGGGACCGGGCGGGGCCACUGCAGGCGCCGGGUCGCCGGGUGAGGCGGAGGGCGCUGCGCGCCCUCGUGUGCGCCGGCGGGAGGACCCUACUGCCGCGAGGGUUGUUGGCGACAUCGAGGCCGCAAACGACCGCGGCGCACCUUUCCCCGGGACGUCGGCUCCCGCGGGCCCCGCGGGGACAGGCUGUGACACCUGCGCUGGCGGGCACGGUUGCGCGCAGCACCCGGCCGGUGCGAAUGCGGGGGCACAGCAGGCGGCGACGCCAAGCGAGGUGCCCGGCAGCUGCAUCGUGUAUCUGUACGACAACGCGCCUGCGCUGCCACUGCACGAGGUGGUUGAGGUGGUGGGCGUGCUGAGCCACGUGCCGCAGCUGGCGCAGCUCGAGUACGACAACCAGGACCCUCACCUGGCGCAGGAGCUGGCGUCUCUGGGUCUCGGCAGCGAAGGCGUCGGCCGCAGCGUCAGCGGCACCGGGGGCGAUGCUGCCAUGGGCGAGGCGGCCGACCGGGGCGUGCUGGCGGCACAGGGCGAGCGAUUGGCGUUUGAGGCUAUUCGGGCCGCCCACCCGCCCACCAGCAAGGUGAUGCGGCUGCACGCAAUCCUGGUGCGCCGCCAGCCCAACCUGGUUCCGGCUGCCACCACCGCCGCCGCUGCCUUAGCCUCAGCCGCCGCUGCGCUUGCACCUGCCGCAGCCGCCGAGGCUGCCGCCGCCACGACGCCUGCCGCCGGCAGCGCUGACACGGCGGCGCGGCGGGCGCGCGCUUUGGCGCUGCUGCGCUGGGCUCUGGGCGGCGACAGCCUGGCUGCCGAGUACGUGCUGCUGCAGCUGCUGUCGCGCGUGGUCAACCGCGGCGACCCCAACGCAUUGGGGCAGCUGGCGCUCAACAUCAGCAGGUGCCCUGGCGCCGUCACCAGCGCCACUAGCGCCGCCAGUGCCAGUGCGCCGCCCGCCACCGCUGCCAGUGCUGUUGGCUCGGCAGUGGCGGCGGCGGCGGCGCACAGCUCCCCCGCGCUGGCGGCUGACCUGCUGGCGGGCCGCGGCGUGAGCGGCUUCGCGGCGGCGCUGCAGGCGGCUGUGUCGUGCAUGGUGCCGCUCAGUGUGGCGCUGCCGCUCAGCGUGGAGGGCUGCAACAGCCUGUCCUGGUCGCCAGUGCGCGACGUGUCCCGUGAGCGCACCGCGCCCUCGCCGCUGCAGCUGGCUCCGGGCACUGUGCUGCUGCUGGAUGAGACCGUCAUGGCGCCUGGCCAGCUGAGCAGCCAGGGCGUGGUCAGCAUGCAGGCGCUGAUGACGCUAGCUCGGCAGCAGGAGCUGCUGUACGACUUCGAAACCUUCCAGCACCCCGUGCCGCUGGACCUGCCGCUCAUCGUGCUCACGCAGGGCAGGUCGCUGCUGCGCGACUGCUUGCCGCUGCGGCUGCCGCUCACCGCCACGCAACCCUUCCCCUCCGCCGAGGCCGUGCUGGCCUCCGGCGGCCGCCCGCCCGCCGCCGCCAGCCCCGCCACCAGCCCGCCGUCCAGCUUCGGUGGCGCAGCAAUCGAGCCCGCCGCGACCCCCGUGGCGACUGCCAACGUGUCCAUGGGUGACGGCGCUGCCACCGCUUCGGCGGCGGCGGCGGCUGACGUGGAUCUGGCGGCGGUACGGUCGUACCUGGCGGCGGCGCGUGCCGAGCAGGGGUAUGAGCUGGCGGAGGGCAUGGCGCAGGUGCUGGAGCAGUGGUUCGUGGGCCAGCGCCGCGCGGCGCAGGCGCAUCAGCAGGGGCAGGGGCCGCAGCAGGGGCAGGGUGGCGCGGCGGAUGGCGGCAUGACUCCGGAGGAGUUCCAUCUAAAGCUCACGCUGGCGCGGCUGCUGGUGUUGAGCCACGGCGAGACGCGGCUGACGCGCGAGCGCUGGCAGCAGCUGCUGCAGUUGGAGCACACACGGGAGGCACGGCUGCGGGUGGUGGGCUGAGGCAAGAAGUCCGAGCCCUCCCGCUUCUACAUUCACAUCGAACCCCAUGCAAGCGACAUGGGGACAGUUUGAGCGGCUGCAGCGGCCGCAACUGAUGCGCGAGACUGUACGAGAGCAUGCCAGCUGGUGUCAACACGCCAACCCGUUAUGGUGUAACCUGGGGAUGGAGCUCGGUGGAAGCUAUCUGUGGAAGAAGCAGGUGUGGCAGGGGCGAGUGGCAGGGUUGAAGUCCUACCGUAUCACAGUGUCUGGUAGCUGGGAGCACGGGCAGGAGGCAAGCAGGAUGUUGUUGGGGCACACGAGGUACGGUGAGCCAGGCGUCAGACGCACGCUCGGAGUCGCGAUAGGUGCGUUAAUCGUCAGUGCUUGGCGUUGGAUUGCGUCACGGCAGCGUGUCAAGCCGGGGAACCCGGUCUGAAGCUGUUGCAGUGAACCGGGGGCGGGAAAAUUGGGGAAUUGGGUCUGGAUACGGUAGUCUGACCAAGAAUUUGUCAGCCAUUUUCCGCGCAUCGUCCACGCUCAUAACGACUGCAUAGCUUGUAAAUGUCUACAUGC